CACGCACGAGCAGGGCGCGCACGUUGAAGAAGGAAGUCGUGUCGUUACGUCGCCGCAUCUCGGCCCACCAGCGCAGAGCGUUGAAGCAGGAGAACAGCGAUCAGCAGGAGGUGACGACUGACAAUGACAGCGCAGACGACACUGUGCCGGCGAAGUCUCUGGAGACCACAGCUGGCGAGUCCCAGUUCCCGAUUUCGGUAAUCCUUGCCGGGUCCCCUCGCACCGUGGCUCUGACACCUGCUACCCCCGUCGAGCCUCGGCAGCCGUCAGCGACUGAGUGCCCCGUCGCGGCGCGGCAUCAGCGCGCUGCGCCUAAGGCGCAUCAAGCGAGAGGAGGACUUAGUAGGAGAGACGUCUGGUGACAAGGUUAAGGAAGGAGGAGCUACGGGUGACCUCGUCUCCCAGUCGGACGCUGAGCCGCUGCAGGUGCCCCGGAAGAGCAUGAAACGUCGCAUGAGUCGCAGGCUCAGCCGUGCAGGCAUCGAGACAAUACCUGACACUACUCUGCUGCCAGCAGGGGGCGCCCAAGCAGCAGAGGAGAGUGUUGUCAGUCAGCUAAAGCAGGAAGAGGUGAAGCCAGGCCGACCACCCCCUGCCGCCGCUGCUGGGUGCCCCCACCAGGAGGCAGCACCGGGCAUGCCGCCAGCGUUCGGCAAGAGGCAGCGACGUGGCAUGAGCCUUGCCGAUCUAGACGUGUGCCGCCAGGUGGCGCUAGCGGCGGCCGCCGAUGCCGUGCCGGUCAUGACAACGCGGAGCCGCGCGAGCGAUCGCCAUGGCAACAAAGAUGAGCAGCCCAUCUGCAAGCGUCUACGUCGCACGCAUAAUGCACUAAAGUCACCAAGAAACGGUUGGCAGAAGCUAGGAAGUGGCAGAAGGAGUGCCACCUCAUCCGUGGCACGGCGCCAGCGGCGGACAAUCGGCCACGUGGGCGACACAAAGCAUUUGGCGCCGGUAGUUGCAACCAAGCAUGUGGCGCCAGCAGUCGUGAAAAAGCAGGUGGCGCCGGCAGUCGUGACAAAGCAGGUGGCGCCGGCAGUCGUUACAAAGCAGGUGGCGCCGGCAGUCGUGACAAAGCAUGUGGCGCCAGCAGUCGUGAAAAAGCAGGUGGCGCCGGCAGUCAUGACAAAGCAGGUGGCGCCGGCAGUCGUGACAAAGCAUGUGGCGCCAGCAGUCGUUACAAAGCAGGUGGCGCCAGCAGUCGUGAAAAAGCAGGUGGCGCCGGCAGUCGUGACAAUGCAGGUGGCGCCGGCUGUCGUGACAAUGCAGGUGGCGCCGGCAGUUGUGACAAUGCAGGUGGCGCCGGCAGUCUUGACAAAGCAUGUGGCGCCGGCAGUCGUAAAAAAGCAGGUGGCGCCGGCAGUCGUGAAAAAGCAGGUGGCGCCGGCAGUCGUGACAAAGCAUGUGGCGCCGGCAGUCGUGACAAAGCAGGUGGCGCCGGCAGUCGUGACAAAGCAGGUGGCGCCGGCAGUCGCGACAAAGCAGGUGACUCUGGCUGUCGCGACAAAGCAGGUGGCGCCAGCUGUCGCAGAAAACGAGGUGGCGCCGGCUAUCGCGAGCAAGCAGGUGGCGAUGGCGGGCAAGCGUCGGCGUCGCGCAACGGGCCAGGGGGAGCCAGCGGAGCCGCGCACUCGCCAGAGGAACCCAAGCCUUCCCGCAGAGAUGCGGAAUGAUGAGCCAGGAGAGGCUCCUGUCGCUGAGGUCACGACCCCUGUCAUGAUGCAGGAGUGUCAUCCGUCGAGCGUUGAAUCGUCCGUGAGCAGCAGGUUGGAGAAGGAGUCUGCACAGGGGGAGGCGGAGGCCAGCGGGGAGAAGGAGGACGCUGAAUCGUCGGGGCAACAUGAGCCAGCGACAACAGAGAAGGGGAAGCCUGCACAUCCCGGACGUCCAGAGGAGAGCAGCGACUAUGGCGUCGCACGGGUUAAGGAUGCCCCCGGCGUGAGGACACGUCGCAUGUCCGGCCGCGGCGCUGACACCAGCCAGCAGCACAGUCUCGACCAGGACCCGCCAAAGCGAGACCUGCCUGCGUCGUCCCCACCAGAGGGCGCCGUCUCCACAGACAGCACGACCACGCACAAGACAGAGGGCGGCAGCAGCAUUGUCGACAACGGCUGCGUCAACUCGACCGAGAGCAUCGUCACCCCGGACAGCUCGGAACCUCACGUGUUGCCGCCGCCGCCGCUAGAUGGCUCCACACGGCAGGCGCCGCUCGAGGUGAGCCGGCGGACGGCGGUGCUGUUCAGCCGUAAGCGCGCAGCGGUGGCGCGGCGUCUGCUCGAGAUGCCACUCAAGAAGCGUGUGCCGCGCACGCGCUCGCGCAGCGGUGACGACGCCGCCACUGCCGGUGCUCCUGCCACGCUCGCCGUAGUCGUCCAGGACCCGCCGCAGCCAGGGGGCGCCAGCAUGCAAUCGUCGCCGCGGCACGCCAACUCACUACGUGCAGUCGUCACGGCGGUGGCUGCGGCGGUGGCGUCACCGCCCGGUUCCCCUGUCGGUUCUCCGAAGAUGCCGACGUCACCGCACACUUCCCAGGGGGCGGCGGCGGCAGGGGCUGUGAAGGUCAUUGCGCCAGCCAGGGUCAAGGUCACCGCCAUGCGGGUCAAGGAGGAGAGCACGAACGUGAAAGGACCGAGCUCACCGUUUGCGCUCUCCGAACCCAGCAGCACAACCCGCACUCACAGCUCGGCUGUGGUAGCAGCAGAGGGCGCCGGCGAGCGCACGAGGCGGCGCAGCAUGAGCGGUCACACGGCGGACACCUCAGCCGGAAACUUCCCGCUUCUGCAGAAAGCUCUAGGGAUGAACGGCUUUGACAGCAGCCGGCAGAAGAAGGAUCGGCGCGGCCGAGCAGUCAGCGUGUCAGAGUCUGAGGGCGGGGUGAGCAGCAUCAGCUCCUGCUCCUCCUGCUCUGACAUCGACUUCCAAAACAGCACGUUCAGCGGCUCAGAGUGUGGCAGCGGAGAUGGCGGUGGAGGCACUGGCCCCGGUGGCACCAAAAACUCAGGCUGGCAGCGGGUUGAGGAUCCAGGCGAAAGCAACCACCUACCCUUCAACUCGCUCGACCUCGUGUGGGCCAAGUGCCGUGGCUACCCUUGGUACCCCGCUCUGGUCAUCGACCCGAACGUGCCAAAGCGCAGCGUGUGUCAGAACGGCGAGGCGAUACCGGCGCCACCUGCCUACGUGCUGGAGAUGCGACAGAACUAUGCGACACCCGUCUUCCUCGUGCUGUUCUUUGACGCGCGGCGCACGUGGCAAUGGCUACCCAGAGACAAGAUAGAGCACCUGGGAGGGGACGCCUGCCUCGACCGGACUAAAGUGUACGAAUCAAAGAAGCCAGCGGAGCGCAAGGCUGUGAAGAAGGCGUUCGACAAGGCAAUGCAACACCGACUACUGAUGACCAACAGUAACUCCCUCCCCCUAGACCCCACCCACCCAGACGCUCCCGGCUGCUGAGAGGUGGCGCUGCUGCUGCUGCUGCAUCCGGCCACGGCUGCAUGAAGCCUGGUUAAGAUGUGUAUAGCUCGGGCGGCUUGCGUCACGGAGUGGGGAGAGCACGUGUUAUAAAUUGAUUUCGUUUGAACUCGUUCGCGUUUUUGUUUCAUUUUAUUACGCGACAAUCGUUUUAACAGCCGAUGCGCAUGCUUUCAAGUGUGCUCCUGCACGUGUGCGUGCGUGUGCGUGCGUGCGUGCGUGCGUGUGCGUGCGUGCGUGCGUGCGUGUUAGAAAGUGUAGAGAGGUAUAUUGAAAGUCUGAUAUGUCCCGGUAUGAAUUGACGCUUUUCACGAAUGUUCCCAAAUGUUCGUUUUUUUUAUUAGCCGCAGAAUGGCAGCUGCUUGUAUGUGUUACCAGCACACCACGUCUCUGUCUGAUGUCUCCACCACUCUACCAGAUCAGCUGACGAUCUCUCCCUUCCACCCAUCGCUAAAACAUGUUUCUGGUGUAAAAACACGGCGACAGUGGCAGGGGAGAGAGAAGGGGAGAGGGGGCGAGGGUUUAAUGUACAGCAUCCCUUUGCCAGAUUCCGUAGAGCGACUGACUGUUUACAGCACUUUUGCCACAAAUUAUUAAAUUGUGAUUUAUUAAAAUCUCUGCGGCUGCUGCUAAUACUGAUCUUUGGAGGG